AUGGCGGAGCUCAUAACACCGGAGCAGCCGCGCAUCAAAUUUGGCCUGCGGCGCGUCGGCACCCACGAAGUCGCAGAGGCGCGCGCCUCGCGCGAGCUGCGUGCGCUGUGCGAGCUGAUGUUGCAGAUGGAGGCGGCGGGGGCAGCACCUGUGCUCAACGACGGCAAGGUUGGCGGCAACUGUGCCCUGGACGAGGACCUGGCUCUAGACAUGGGGCCGCAGGCAAGCCGACCAGUCGGGCCAGAGGUGCAGGCUGCCGCCACCGGCUGCAGAGCCAGCGCCAGUGGCACAGGCGACAGCCACGCUGCUGCCAUCCUCGUCAGCCGCUCCGGCAAGGCGCCCGGUGCGGCCCUGGCAGCCGAGGACUUUGCGCGGGUCUGCGCGUUCGACCGCGCUGCGUGGGCGGCUGACUACCAGUCGCCGUCAGAGGCCCUGCGGCCGAGCGCAGACACGCCGCUGCUGUGGGCUUGCCUGGCGCCGGGGGCGCGCGAGGCGUACGGCUGGACGGCGCGGCCGCGAGUGGCGUUUCACGGUCACGCGCUCGAGAGCGGGGCAGGCCUCCUGGCUGCGCGGCGGCGUGGUAUCCCGGUGUCGGAGCGCGAGACGCUGUUCUCAACGCGCGAGGACCUGGGGGAGCUGGAGGCACUCUUCAAGGCGCACCCCUACCCCCAGCACAGAGUCUACGUCAGGUGUGCACAGCACGCCUGUGGCACCACUUGCUAG